CUUGUGUUUACACCGGAAGUCAGAGGCAUGACUACUUCCCUGGCACCCAGCGAGUCCCUGGCAACCAUUACACAAUAAUGGCGAACAUAAGCAGUGCCAAAAAAUCCCUUUGGCAACAAGUGUGUGAAGAGUAUGAGGCAGAGCAGCCAAGUCCUCCCAGUGCUGUGUGGACAGAUAUCAGCUCAGUUAGCACCCAGCUCUCCCAGUAUAGCACAAGUACACCUUCCCCGGUCUUAUAUGGACUCACCACAGCCAAGGAGUUUGUGGAGGAUGAACCUCUGAGAGACUUUGACCCUCUUCUUAGCCACCCUGCUCUUGCUGGCUACUCUGUGUUAGGAAAACCUCAUCUUUCAAGCCAGAAGUGCCUGUCAACAGCUGAAACUACUUUGCCACCACAGCUGCGUGAACCACGCAUUACACGUUUUUUGGAGAGGAGAGUGUUUCCAGUGUUGCUGCCUGGACUGGAGGCUUUGCUAAAAGAAGCCCGGAAACACGGCUGUUUCGAGAGGAAAAUAACAGCAUUUAACCCGUGCGACUUCCUAACUGAGUGGCUCUACAACCGCAACCCCCGCAGGCAAGGACAGAUCCCAGUAAACUUCCAUGAUAUCCCCUUUGUCAAGGACUGGCUUAGCAUGCAUCCCAGGCCUCCCAUCCCUCUGUUUCUGCUGCUGAGCGAGGAUCAGGCUGCUCUGCUCAUCCAGGCUUUCUGGAGGGGAUACAAGAUCAGGGCACGGCCAGAUGUGCAGGAGCUGCGCCAAUGGCAGAAAGAACUGAGAGAGAACCGUGACAUUGCCAAAACUGUCGAGCAGUUCUGGGUCCUACGAGAGAGCCGGGUUGGCUCUGCCAUGACAGAUCUUCCAGAGAGCCCAGAGCCCGGCAACUCACACGUGUCCAUCCAUGUAAUUUCACCCAGCCCCCAGAGCACCUUGGUCUACACCCCCACCGCCCAGCUGACCCAUGAGGGAGGUGAGUUGCUGACCCCCAGCCUGCACAGCAUGGAGAAAAUGGCCUCCACACCAUCACUGACUGGUUUCCUGGCUGUAUCCGAGCCUGGUGACAAAUCCCCGGCUGCAGAAUCUCCGUCUGUACUAGGAACUCAAAACCAGAGCUAGACUGGUGGUACUAUUAAUUGAACUCAUUAGCUCUGUGUACAAAGUUUUUCUGGUGUUUAAAGGCUAUUAAACUCUGUGAGGCUGAUGUCAAACUGACCAAAAUGAUCAGUCAAACAAGCAAUUAAAAACGCCUGUAACCAGUUUGAAAUGGCCAGGCAGGGAUUUAUCGUCUGAGAUCCAUGUCUAAUUAGUUGAUUGCUUUCAUUGCCUUUUUGAUGGAUCACCUCCCUUCACAAGUCUCACCCAGCAAAUGAACAGCAUAAAGGACGGGUCACAUAUUACAUUGUCGGGAGAAAAGCCCCUCGUAACAGACUUCAUGCUUUCUCACAGCACCUCUAGCUGGAAGAUAACCCAAUCGUAUUUCCUUUGGCUUGUCAUUUCCUUUUUCCUUAGCAAUAGAUAUCACUCCACAAAAGAGGUUAUAGAAUUUCUGUUCAAGCCCGGAACUGAGGGCAGAAUGAAAGGUGACUCUGCGUGCGAAGCAGCACUUUCUAUCCUGUUUGUCAGAAAAGGAAAUAAGCCUGUCAGGGAAAGAGAUCAUUUGAAAAAAAAAGAUCACUGGUGGAUGAUUGAAAACUAUCUGACAGAGUAACAAAAAGGAAAAUCCCAUAUUUUCCUUAGAUCUCAGUAUUUUAUAAGUGAUAAUAACCUUGUUAAAUAUCCCGUGACACUGUUUGGAUUGAAAGUUAACCUCAGUAAGGCAAGUUGAACAUUGUACCCUAUUUACCGUAUUUUUAACAUUAUACAGUAGCUUAUGUGUUUUAUGUUUUCAGGACUAUCUGUGAAUUUGCUUGUAUAUUUUUUUCAUACAUUUCUUUUACAUAUUGUAUUAUGUAUUUUUUUAUCAAUGGUUUUGGUCUUUUGCAAAAUGUACUGAAAAGUAAUUAAUUUUGCAUCACCCCUGCUGUCUCUUUUUGCGCCUUGUCAAAUGUCACGAAUCAGCCAUGGAAAGUUCAGUUUGCAAAAAUAUUCAGGAUUAAAAGACCACAUGCUGCUCAACAGA